AAAAUCAGAGCCAAUUGAUCUAUACAACUACUAACAAAGAAGAGAAGGAAUAAUUUGAAGAUGGAAGCAGCAAAGAAAACCGCAGCUAAUGUUGCAGCUUCAGCUAAGUCUGGCAUGGAAAAAACAAAGGCAGUUGUUACAGAGAAGGCGGAGAAAUUGACAACAAGUGAUCCAGUGCAAAGACAAAUGGCGACGGAGAAAAAGGAGCAGAGAAUCCAUGAAGCGGAGAUGGAUAAGCUAGCGGCGCAGGAGCAGAACGCGGCCUCAAAACAAGCGGCUGCCACUGGAGGAACUACUGCGUAUACUGCUACUGGUGGUGGUGGUGUGGGUCUCGGUCACACCACCACCGGUACACAUGGCAUGACCGCAGGUCAUACUGGUCUUGGUCACACCACUGGGACACAUGGCACUACCACGGGUCAUACUGGUCUCGGUCAUACCACCGGUACACAUGGCAUCACUCCAGGUCAUGCCGGUCUCGGUCACAUGACCACUGGGGCACAUGGCACUACCACCGGUCACACCGGUCUUGGUCACACCACUGGUACACAUGGCAUAACUCCAGGUCAUACUGGCCUCGGUCACACCGUUGGGACACAUGGCAUCACAUCAGGUCAUACUGGUCUCGGUCACACCACUGGAACACAUGACAUUACACCAGGUCAAACCACUGGUGUGACCGGGACACAUGGCACUACCGCAGGGCAUGCUACUGGUGUGAUGCCGGGAGGCCUGGCAGCUGAGCACCAAACCGGGACCACAACGGGCGUGGUAGGGAGCGAGUAUCCACCGGGGACAACCACAGGAAGCGGAAGAGCUACGGUUCAAGGCCCUAAUACUGGUGGAUCAUCUACCACUGAUUCUGCCUUUUAAUUACCUAGCUAGGAAGUUGUU